GUCGGGGACGCGCCGGGGCGCGCGCAGCGGGGAGAACGAGCCUCUCUGAUCGCGCGCGCGCAAACCAGGACGCUGAGUGGAAACGGAAGAUUUGCGAGGGAGGAACGCGUGGAGGAUGAAGAGGCAGGGGUCCUCCUCCGAGCGGAAACGGGCGCGGAUACCGUCCGGGAAGGCCGGGACAGCAAAUGGAUUUCUCAUGGAAGUAUGUGUUGAUUCAGUGGAGUCGGCUAUAAAUGCAGAAAGAGGAGGUGCUGGUCGGAUUGAAUUGUGUUCUGGCUUAUCGGAAGGAGGAACCACACCUAGCAUGGGUAUCCUUCAAGUAGUGAAGCAGUGUGUCCAGAUACCAGUUUUUGUGAUGAUUCGGCCACGCGGAGGUGAUUUUUUAUAUUCAGAUCGUGAAGUUGAAGUGAUGAAGGCUGACAUUCGUCUUGCCAAGCUUUAUGGUGCUGAUGGUUUGGUAUUUGGUGCAUUGACUGAAGAUGGACACAUUGACAAAGAGCUGUGCAUGUCCCUUGUUGCUUUGUGCCGUCCUCUGCCAGUCACUUUCCACCGAGCCUUUGACAUGGUUCAUGAUCCAGUGGCAGCUCUAGAGAUUCUCUUAACCUUGGGAUUUGAACGAGUACUGACCAGUGGAUGCGACAGUUCGGCACUAGAAGGGCUACCUUUAAUAAAGCGACUCAUAGAUCAGGCAAAAGGCAGGAUUGUGGUAAUGCCAGGGGGUGGUAUAACAGACAGAAAUCUACAAAGAAUCCUCGAGGGUUCUGGUGCUACAGAAUUCCACUGUUCUGCUCGAUCUGCUAGAGAUUCAGGAAUGAAGUUUCGAAAUUCUUCUGUUGCCAUGGGAGCCUCUCUUUCUAGCUCAGAAUAUUCUCUAAAGGUAACCGAUGUGAACCAAGUAAGGACUUUGAAUGCUAUUGCAAAGAAUAUUCUGGUUUAGCUAGACCUCUCUGAGAGACAUGGAUAUCACAGGAUGAAGGCAGAAGAGCAGUUUACAAUUCUCUCUGACACCGAUUUAACCUUCUUCUCUGGUCAGGACAGCUACAGUCUUUGUUUUAACUCUCACAUGGCCAUGGAAAAAGUUUUCCAGAAGAAAACUUGAAACAGAGCUGUAAUCACUCCCUUUGCUUAAUCUUGCUUAUCAUGGUUAAUUCUGGUCUAUGCUCCUUCCAUAGAAGGAGGCUGUCUGCUUUUAUUGGAAUUAUUUGAUGAACUGAGAAAAUUCGACUGCAAGAUAUGAAUUUAAAGUGUGACUUUAGGUACAGUUUCAUAGCAGUAUUUUGCAUUUUCAUUUGUAAAAUAAAAAUAUACAC